AUGGCAACCUUUAAUAUUGCUGCUAAAUACGACAAUCGCAUAAUUCCAGAUUAUAUAGAAGCUGUCAACUUCUUUGACCUUUCAUCUGAAGAUGAAUUUACAAACUAUCAUGAGAAGAACACGGUCUUUGUUUGGAAGCCUCUUGAAAAUCCUCUCAAAGUAAAGACAGUAGUUUACUUAUGUGAUCAUACUGGAAAACCACAAGUGAAAAAAACUUUUCAGCCUGCUCAGAAAUGCGUCAGAACAACCAAGUCCGUCAAGACUGGUUUUUUUGCUAGUAUCUAUAAGCAUACCAUGACUGAUGAUACUGCUUGUAUCAAAUACAACUGGCAGCAUCCAAACCAUGAUCUAUUUAAGAUUGAAGAGAUCAGUUUGUCAAGAUUGCCAGAUGAAUUAAAACAAUAG